AUGCAUGAUCGUGAUCCGAAUAAGGAUGUUUGUGAGAACUUGCAUGUAGCUGGCAGCUCGGCUAGUAAAAACUUUGUCAUAAACAUCGUGAGGCUCGUCCUUAAAAGCAUUGCAUCAUCAUCUGUGUCAGGAGGUACAUCUCGGGUGGCGGACAAUAACAGUCUAGCUAAAGAUUCUUAA